AUGGAUCACUUUCCUGGAACCUGGGGUCGGCCCAGGGACGAUGUCUAUGGAACAUACGAUUCAUCUUAUCUCCAGACUACUGGUCCUAAAACUCACACUCAAUCUCCAGCUGUCACUGGAACGUCGGUUCUAGCCGUCAAGUUCAACGGAGGCGUUGCUAUUGCUGCUGAUAACUUAGCAUCAUAUGGAUCGCUCGCCCGUUUUACCGACGUCAAGCGUCUCCGCGUAUUCAGCGAUUCGGCUGUAGUUGGGUUUAGCGGCGACGUAUCAGACAUGCAGUACAUCGACCGUCUUUUAGAGUCCAUCGAUAUCAAGGAAAACUACUCGGCGCAUGGCAACCAGCUCAACGCCAAAAAUCUCCACACAUAUCUGUCCAAAGUCUUUUACAAGCGACGCUCCGAGUUUAACCCUUUGUGGAACCAUAUUCUCGUGGCUGGGUUCGAUUCGGACAAGAAGGCCUUCUUGAGCUCCGCUGACUUGCUCGGUACUACAUUCUCGGCUCCACAUCUUGCGACCGGAUUUGGUGCCCAUCUUGCCAUUCCGAUUCUGCGCAGAUUGUUCCCAGAGGAUAGACCCAUUGAAGAGAUCAGCAAAGAGGAGGCCGUGUCAGCUCUAAAGGACUGUCUCAAAGUUCUGUGGUACCGUGAUGCUCGAAGUAUGGACAAGUAUUCAUUGGCUCUAAUUACGCAAGAUGGGAUUGAGGUGCACGAAGAUCAGCAGAUCGAGGCUCAAAGCUGGGCGUUUGCUGAAAGCAUUAAGGGAUACGGUGCUCAGGCUGUUUAG